AUGGGCUCAAACAGUAUCAUUCAUGGUUUUUCUGCCUCACAACCCUCUUCUUCGUACCGGCUUCGUCCGCCACCUGCGGAUGAUUUUCCACUUUCUAGAAGCACUCUUCUUUCCAAAAGUCCUAUAACGGGAAAGAAAAGUCAUCAAUCGUGUCUGGGUGGUUCGUUAGCAAACGAUGACGAGGAAGCCGAAAUUGAUGGCAAAAGAGUUUCUGAAGAUUCAAUCGACGACGAUGGCUCUUUGGACUGGGAAGACUCGGUCUCCGAGCAUGUCUUGCCCAGUAUCGAUGGGAAAGAAACCUUUCCGAUGCAAAUUUUACAGCCGGUCGUUGUGUCGCGGCCAUCGCUGCUCACCGCGAUUAUGCAUCAGUCUCCCCCAUUGACUGGUCACCCUGCCAAGACAACAGACACAGGAAGGACUGACUCGCCACCAGCACUUCGACGGUUACCUAUUGAACCAACUGGUCCUUCUUUGACAACUCCACAGGACGAUGAUGGCAGUGAAAAUAUUCAGACGAUGCGCGCUCUUCGUAUUCCAGAUUCUAAUCCGGGUGCUUCAACCUUCCCAUCCUCCUUUUCGAAUGCAUUAUCACCUACUACUACUCGAUGGAAUAUGCUGGCGGAUGAGCUCGAUGAGUCGCUCAAAGACUAUAUGUACUGGGAGCAUAAACAGAAAAGCGUCACGGCCAACGCGGUUCUCAAUCGACAACCUAAUGCUCAUUCAUCAUUAGGACAAUCUCACGAGAUUCACCUAUGGAAUCAGUGCUUUGAUAACGAAACGUGGGAAUACCACGUUACGGGUUGGUAG